AUGUCCACCCCUACUUCUGGAUUAGAGCACGGUACCUCUACCGAAAAAGUGUUCACGGGUUCUGAUUCUCGUGUAGAGGCCAAGCCCUCUUCCAAUACUGUUUUUCAUCGUUUAACACGUAGCGGUCACAUCAUCGCUCCUGAUGGACGGUUUAGCGCCGUCUUCAAUCUGGCAGCAGCUACGUUAGGUGCUGGGGCUCUGGCGGUACCUAUCUCUAUCCUCAAUGCGGGGAUCUUUGGUGGCCUCGUCCUAUUACUCGCCAUGGGCGUUCUAUCUCUCCUGUCAAUAGUGAUGAUAACACAGGCUUGCCAUGUUACCGGAAAGCCGACUUAUGAGGAGCUGUUAGACCAUCUUUUCGGGAAGCGGGUGGGAUAUGUAUUCGACUUGGUCAUGGUUCUAUUCUGUUUCGGUACUUGCGUCACUUACAUGAUCACCUUGUUUGAUAUCCUUUCUCCCGUGUUGAUCCACAUCAUUGGUCCUAACCCUGACAAUUGGUUUCUGAGUCUGUGGGUGCAUCGUGUACCCUUCACUGCGAUUGCAGCAGCACUAGUUCUCCUACCACUGUCGAUGAGGGAACACAUAAGCGAAAUCCGUUAUGUGACCUUCUUGGGCGUUAUCGGGGUCUGUUUCCUGUCUUUGACGUCUAUCUAUGUUCUUAGUCGUUAUGGUGUGUCUGAUGAACUUCCGUCGUCCAUGGUCUCUCCAGUGAAUGGUUGGACUAGUCUGAUGGCGGCUAUUAACACCUACACGUUUGCUUAUUGUAACCAACCCAAUGUCCUGAGGUCUACAUCCAAGUUCGUGACUCCAGUCCUCGCCGCUUCCUCCCCCGUGGUUGCUUGGACGAUUUUGAUUUGCUUCUCUGUCUACGCUACUAUCGGAGUUAUGUGCUUCUUCGCCUUUGGCAUGAGCUUGGAGUCCUCAGUCAUUGUGAACAUGGGCCAAUACAUCUCAAGAGGUGAUGUGAUGGUUUGCAUUGCGUUUGCUCUUAUGUGUGUUACAGUGGUCGGUGCCUUUCCCCUGGUGGUCUACCCUCAGAGGAGCUCCAUCGUUCAUGCCAUUUCGGCUGUUCUCCCUCCGAAGACGUCCUUUAGAAGGCGUGUAUACGGCUGGAUAGUAGUGGUAUUCAUCAUUGGUCUGUCCUACGCUGUGGCCAUUGCAUUACCUGAUGUAAAUGUUAUGUUGGGAUUGGUCGGCUCUUUGACCGGUUCGAUUGUCACAUUUUAUUCCCCGGCGGCCUUCAUAUUGAAGAUAUCCAAGAAGCCCAUCCUUACCUUUGACUUCGAGCAUAUCAUAUGCUAUGUACUGAUAGUCGUUGGAACAAUCGCCUUCGUACUGGGGACCUACGCCUCAGUUCAAGGUGUGAUCGAGUAUUAUAAUUAG